AUGUUGCUUGAAUGUCAAAAUAAACUUGGUCUUUGUAAAAUUCAGUUUUGCCAGCUGUCAGCCUCGCCUCAACUUGAGGAGUUUGAACUCAUAGAAUCUUUACCAUCUCUAAACUAUAUCUCAAAAGGAAUGAGCUCAAAGAAUGCCAGUUCUGCCCCACAAGGCUUGGCAAAAGUGGAGUCCAGGCCUGCUUGGGUCAGUGGUAGGAGCUGCCGCAAGAAGGGGUCCGCAGCAAACGGAGGAGUGGAAGAAUUGAGACAGAGAAUGGGUCCACAGCCAAGAUUCACAGGAGGAAAUGCCAGUGGUUAUUUCAGUGCAGGAGCCAGAAAAUCAGAGCCCUGGAAUGAAGCGGAAUCUUGGAAGAGAAGGGGAGCUGGGUGUUUGUGCAGAGCAACAGAAGCAGAGUGA